AUGCGUCCCUUGCAGUUCCUCGCUCUUUCUGGCCUCAUGCUCGCGAGCAACAUCGCUCUCGCAGCCGAGCUCGACCGUGACGAUGUCCCUAAUCGCUGCUGGGACGUCUGCAGUUCUGUGGUGGGCAUCGCCCAGCAGUGCGACAACACGCAUCGCGACGAUGACAGGGCGGAGAUGAACUGCAUUUGCAACUGGAACCAGGCACCUACUUUGGUUCCCCUCUGCGAAGCAUGCAUCUCCCAGUUCAGAAACGACACCCGCAAUGGCACUCGCCAUGACAAUGACCGUGACGAUGACCAUGACCAUGACCGUGACGACCGCAGAGGGCCCCAUGACAAUGAUGCAUAUGACAUUCUCACCUCCUGCUCCUUCUCCACUACUACUUAUAACGCGGCCGCUGCAACCUCUAUCCUGAGCACUGCUUCGGGUAGUAUAACCCCAACUGCGACGAACAAUGCCGGCGGUUCGACUGGAUCCGGCGGUAAUACUGAUAACUCGCAGUCCGGCAACACCAACAAUGGCGGCAGCGCUCAACCGAACAACAAUGCAGCGGCUGGCUCUACAGUCCCGAAAGCUGCGUCCGUGGCGGCCGUUGUGGGAUUGAUCGGUCUUGCUUGGCUGUGA